ACACAACAAAUGCCUAGAGUACGGAUCGUAAACACUACACUGCAAUUGAAGUUCAAAAAUCAAAUUACACACACAACCCUAGCCGCCGCAUCACCACCUCUCCUCCGCCGGCCCGCCGUGCCAGCAGAGCCCGCAGGCUGCAGCCUCCCGCGUGCCCAGCACCGCGAAUCCGCGAGCUCGCAGCCACCCACGCACCACUGGAGGUCCGCUACAGCCCGCCGCGCCGCUGCUCCGCCGCCCCCUGCCUACUCGCCCAGCUCAGCUCAAGUAAAAUGCUAUUCCGGCAGCGUAUUGAUUUUACUCCUCUCAUAGGUGGUGUGGUUUCUUGGUUUCAAAUUGGAUAAUUAGACUUUUGAUUCUUAUAAUUUGGAGCUCACACCACUGUGUGCAUUUCUCCUUUUAUUUUUUUGGAUUUUAGGUUUAUAUGUUUUGCUUUAAGUGUAGCUAGUGCUGAUGCUUGGUUGUAUUGAAUUCAGAAUAGUUGUGUAUCCUUGGUUUUCGAGCUUCUUGUGUUGGUCGUUUACUCUCGGAUUUACAGAUUAGGCGAUGAGCUUAUACUUUUCUAGUUGAAGUCUUUAAUAGGCUCGUUUUUGAAGUCGUUGAAGAACUAUGUUAGCUGCCAAUAUCCACCCGAUUAGUUCCCCUUCUCCUGCAGUUGUUGAAAAAUCUAGUAGUUUCGCUCUUUCUUGGCACACCGCAGCCCCUUUGGCCAAAUUCAAGCCCAACCGUAUAAGCACAAGCCUCAAAUCAUCUCUACAGUCGAUUGCAGUUCCGGAGGUUGAUAAAGAUGCCACCUCUGCUCAAACCCGAGUCGAGAUUUUAUCUGAAGCAUUGCCCUUUAUCCAAAAAUUCCGUGGCAAAACUAUUGUUGUUAAGUAUGGGGGAGCAGCAAUGAAAUCUGAGGCCCUGCGGGCAUCUGUGAUUGCUGAUGUUGUGCUUCUUUCGUGCGUUGGCCUUCGUAUUGUCUUUGUCCAUGGAGGCGGACCCGAGAUCAACCAGUGGCUUGGCAAGCUAAACAUCGAGCCAAAUUUCCUCAACGGGCUCCGUGUCACGGAUGCAUCGACAAUGGAGAUUGUGUCGAUGGUGUUGGUUGGGAAAGUGAACAAGCAGCUCGUUGCGCUGAUCAACAAAGCUGGUGGGACCGCGGUGGGGCUAUCGGGGAUCGACGGUCGGCUUCUGAUGGCCCGGCCCUCGCCAAACUCCUCGCAGCUCGGUUUUGUCGGGGACAUUGUGAGUGUCGACCCCACGAUAAUCCGCCCGCUCAUUGAUAACAACCAUCUACCCGUGAUUGCCUCGGUAGCUGCUGAUUCAACGGGACAGGCCUACAACAUAAAUGCGGACACAGCAGCCGGUGAGCUGGCGGCAGCAUUGGGGGCAGAGAAGUUGAUAUUGUUGACGGACGUGGCCGGGAUACUUGAGGAUCGCAAUGAUCCGGAAAGUUUGGUGAGGGAGAUUGACAUCAAGGGAGUGAAGAAGAUGAUUCGAGACGGGAAGAUAGCUGGUGGGAUGAUCCCGAAGGUCGACUGCUGCGUGAGGUCGCUGGCUCAAGGCGUUCGGACGACGAGCAUCAUCGACGGGCGGUUGAAGCACUCUCUACUUCUUGAGAUUCUCACCGAUGAAGGCGCUGGAACGAUGAUCACUGGAUGAGUAUUGCUGGUAAACUAGUCAUGCUUUUUAGCAAUGUCAGUUUUAAUUGCUUAUGCGGAAAGGGAACCUUGUUGGAUUUUAUAUUUAUUUUCUAUUUCCCCUUAAAGUUGAGAAAUUGUCAUAUACUUUUGUGCUUGAGUUCUUGGAAUGAAGCUCUCUCUCUCUCUCCC